AUGCCUAAUAGACUAACCAUCCAAUUUCGAUCCAAGCGUUCAAACCAGUCGACUUGUUCAAAUCAAGGUGGCCGAUGUGAGUCAACUGGUAACGACGGCGCGCGACACGACUUGAGCAUAAGAUCAACCGUAGAUACGAAUCUUACGAGAGCCUGUUCUGUUAGCAGUGAAAUAGUUAUGCAGAGAAAAAUAUCACAAAAGAACAAAUUCUUCAAGCAAUAUGGUAUUGUACCAUACUCAGCAAACACUGAGCAGAACGAGGAAAAUAGUAUGACAUGGCGAAGUCAGCCAAUGAAAAAAGGGACCGCAUGGUUUAAGGGAAUGAGGAAGAGUCAACCAGUUGGUAGCCUUAUUACUCUGAAAGACACUUCCAUUGGACUGCUCCGUUCUGGUCGUGAAUCUCCUCGCGGAUACGCAAAGAUGUUCGAUGGAAAUAUAUCGAGAUCAAGUAUAGAACAAUAA